AUGGCACCUGUUACCAUCUGGGACGACAAGGCUCAUGCGGACCUUCUGAUCGCGCUCCUGCCGGUCUUGAAGCUCAGCAAGGACCAGUGGGAUGAGGUCCUGAACAGUGUCCGUGAGAAGGGCUACAACUACACUUCAAGCGCCGUCAUACAGCACCUGCAGAAGUUGCAGAAGAAGGAGGCUACCGUUGCCAACGAUAACGGAGAGGGCAGCAGCGCCUCUGCUGCAAACACUCCCAAGAAAACUCCCGCUAAGAAAGCGGCCACCCCGCGCAAGCGCAAGACUCCCUCUAAGAAGGUCAAGUCCGAGGAGGACGAUGACGAAGAGGACCAGAAGUCCGCUAAGAAGCCCAAGGCUCCUGUCCGUCCCGAUUUCCGCGACGUCAAUGAGGCUGAGGCCGCCGAGGAGGCCAUCGACUUCGCCGCUGCUUCCAUUUAA